UGUCACUUAAAAUAUUAUUAUGUAUGUGUAUGUAUAUAUGUAUCUACCAUUCUUUCUUUCUAUCUAAAUUCUCUCUUGUACCUCACGCAAUCCCAAUUUUCUCUCUAAAGAAAAUCACUUUCUCGCCCCCCAAACACCCCCUUCCAAACCCCAAAACCCCCUCAAUCCCUACUUGACUCAAAAAGCUAAAGUCUUUAUCAUUUUUUUAAUAUAUUUGUAUAUUUAAUCUGUCAUUGAUGUCGACGGAACCCUCGGGUGACUCCCACGCGCCUCUGCUCCAGCCUCGGCAGUCCGCCGAUGAUGCGAAUUCCGAGCCCAUAGCUUCGGCGGCUCGGCCCGCUACGUUAGCGAUGCUUCUAGGAAGGGCUACGGGUCGGCGCGGCGCGUCCAUGUUGGUGAGGGAAACGGCGGCUAGGGAGCUUGAGGAGCGCCGAGCCGAUUGGGGGUACUCGAAGCCGGUGGUGGCUUUGGAUGUGAUGUGGAACACCGCGUUUGUGGUGGUUUCUGUUGUGAUGCUGUUUGUUACUGCUCCUGAAAGCCCUAACACGCCGAUCCGUCUAUGGAUUUGUGGGUAUGCUCUACAGUGUGUUGUCCAUGUCGUUUUGGUUGGUGUUGAGUAUCAUAGGAGAAAUGUUAGGAGGCGUAGGAAUCAGGAAUCGCCGGAAAUUGGGGAUAAUUCUGGAAAUGAUUCUGAUGAGGAAGACGAGUAUGGUCAGAGGAUUUCUGGUCGUUCCAGUUUCACAAAGCGUUGUGAAUCGGGGAACACAGUAGUGUCAUUUCUCUGGUGGCUACUUGGCUUUUAUUGGGUAGUCUCUGGCGGUGAUGUUCUCCUGCAAAAUGCUCCUAGAUUGUACUGGUUGACAGUGGUUUUUCUGGCAUUUGAUGUCUUCUUUGCCAUCUUUUGUGUUGUUUUGGCAUGUUUAAUCGGCAUUGCCCUUUGUUGCUGUUUGCCAUGUAUUAUUGCAAUUCUUUAUGCCGUUGCUGGGCAGGAGGGUGCAUCAGAAGCAGACCUUAGUAUUCUUCCGAAAUUCAAGUAUCAAGUAUCAACUACCGAGGAAAAGCCUUGUGCGGGAGCUGGAAAAAUGGUUCCUGUAGGAACAAGCAGCGAAUACUUGGCGACUGAACGUAUUCUUUUACCUGAGGAUGCUGAGUGCUGUAUAUGUCUCGUCCCCUAUGACGACGGAGAAGAUCUCCACGCUCUCCCCUGCAACCAUCAUUUUCAUUCCACGUGUAUUGUGAAAUGGUUGAAGAUGAACGCGACGUGUCCACUCUGCAAAUACAACAUUCUCAAAGGAAGUGAACAGGUUUAGAGGAAUUAUAUAAAAUAUAGUGAUCUGCCUAUAUUUGAUUUCAGUCUUCCCAAGUGUUUGUUAUUAUGUACAUAAAAUGUCAAGGCAGAAAGAAGAGCAACAGCAUAGUGCUAUUUUUAUUGAGUCAACAGAUUUCUAUUUUAGAUGAUUUGGAGAUCUGUUAGUGCUUGUUUCUGUAUAUGCUGUUUCAUGAUUGUGCAAAACUCACUCAGCAAUCACUUUGCAGGGCUCCAAAAUCAUGCUUGUCUUUUUUGUUUUUGUGUAGACAGGAGGAAAUGAUUGUUUGCAAUAUUAGCAUAUUGAACUA